GGUCACCCACCGCAGGUCACGGCACUUUUCUCAUGUUUUUGGCAGCCAUUGCUGUAUUUACUGCUGUAUUUACUGUUGUUAACUCUGCACCUAGUAAUCAACUCAGCAAGUAGAAGGUUUUCUUUAAAAAAGGGAAGAAAUCCUGCUUUUUUUUUCCCUCUGAAAAAAAUACAAUAAAGAAAAUGUUUUGAAAAAGAGCAAGGCGUUAGCGACACAUGUGGUUAAAUGCAAAUGAAAUAAGGAAGAUUUCCCUAGCUUACCUUACAGUUCUUUAAGUGUUAAUUUAAUAUGUUGUGGGUGUGUUAUUUCUGUUGGUGUUUGACUGGAUUAAGAAGCAUGGACACGGCCAUGAAGCUUUAGAAGCCCACAAGAACAAAGUUGGACUUUGUGUGAGCUCCACCAGGCUUAUGGAGGAUUUUAUUUCCUGGCUGAGGGGGAUCUCUGAUGUUUCUGUGUUUUCAUCUGUUUUUGCAUUUUUUUUUAUCAAUAGUUGCUUUCCUGGAAGUCUGCUUCCUCUGAACUUCCACUGCAAAAAAAAGUGAUGAUUCUGUACUACUGUUUUGUAAAUUGUGUAAAAAUGGCUUCAGUGGACAGAAGUCCUCUUAACUGAUGGAAGUGGGCUGUAUGCCUAUAUGAGUUAUACAUGCAGCGGGAUGAAGGUGUAUUUAUUCAGGUAGGUAAUUCCAAGACUAAAUGAGUGGCUGUUUCUGCUAGCCAAAAGCCAAAGAAGGCCCUAAAGUUUGAGCCAGAUAAAAAAAAAAAAGACUUUCAUUUUUUAAGGAUGAGUUGCUUUGUAUAGUUGAAAUAUGAAAUGUUCCUAACUUUCUUCUAAAGUUGUCUAAUCAUCUUAGUUGCUGUUGAUUCAAGUCUGGGGUUUGAGCCCUUGUUAGUUUUAGGAGCCUGAGAUGCUGUGUACAGCUCUUAUAGUACCUGACCUCUUUUUAGCUUUAAUUGAUUUUUCUGACCAUAUGACCAUCCCCCGGCCUCUGAUUUAGCGUUGCCCCAUGACCAUCGAGCUAAAUGGGAGUCUUGUGACCAAAGAUAUUUCAUUCCAACACAAAGCAAAGGGAGAGACACUUGAAGGAGGUAAAUAUCCUUCCAUGAUUAAUUAUUGAAUUUUGAGGGUGAAACAGUUAGUCUUUUGAGUUAAUAUGCUCAUUUUUUAUUUCAUUAAUUAUCAUUUUGGUUUAUAAAAAUGCAUAUGAAAUGAAAUGGCAGCCCUUUUUCUUGGUUUUAGUGUAAUUUGCAGACUCCACUUCCCUAAAAAUCACUUUACACAUCUGUUGGUCAAAUGUGGAAGUAGAAGGAGCUGAUUGUGUGUGAAACUGGCUUUUUGCUGGCUUAUUUCCUCCUGCUGUGUGUUGUAAUGAGGUUUUAUCUAUAACUAGAGGUCAUCCAUUCAAUAGUCCACCGUUGUUUCCUGACGUCAGAAAGUUUAAAUUUUAGAAAUCAGGCAUAUCCUGUUUGAAAAAUGUUCAGGAAGUCACUAUCCGUGUCACUUCGAUUGAAACGUCUUGCGAGAUGCAGAUAACCUGGAGUGAAACAGACCUCACUGGGUCUGGCAGGAGGGGAAUGGAUGCAAGAAGGAAACACCAUAACUAUGUGAUUGUGUGUGAAUAAAUAACUUGUUUUUAUCCAAUCUGCUGCCUUGCUCUGCUGCAGAGUUGUACUCUAGUGUUCUGAGUGAAGCAGUGGUGGACUGGGCCAGCAUGGGCCCUGGAGAGGAAUGGGUUAACUCAGCCACACUUGAAGGAGAGCUGGGUUUGGAUAAGUUUUACCACUCUGGUGGUGAGGAAUCCAGUCGGAAGAGCUCACACGGGGAGGACUUGGUCCCGUUGGUCCAAAAUGGGGAAAACCUGACAGACUGGGGUCACACCACAUCCCAUUUGGAGGAUCAGUGGUCGCACACAUCAGGGUGUCAGUCUGACAACUGGGCCAUGUCCACCACUUGGGACAUGCAGCUAGACAGCACAGAGAGAGGACACCUCACUGCAGGUUUUCUAGACUCUCAGCCUCUGAGGGAGGCUGAUGAGGAUUUGGCGUCAGAAGUCAGCCUGAACAACUCCAACAUGACCGAGGAGGAGAGAGAAGAGAUUCUGCAGGAGCUGACUAAACUGGAAGAAGAGAUCAGCACACUGAAGCAGGUCUUGCUGUCCAAGGAGAAGCAGCACGCGGAGCUCAAGCAGAAGCUGGGCGUCACUCCUCUCAGCGAGUUCAGGAACAACUUCAGCAGAGGCUGGCACGACAUGCAGAGCUCUACGGCAUACAAGAAGACAUCAGAGACGCUGUCCACCGCAGGACAGAAAACCUCAGCUGCCUUCAGUAACUUUGGGAGCGCCAUCACCAGGAAGUUUGGAGACAUGAGAUCCAACUCAAUAGGAUACUCUGUCAGGCACUCUGUGAGCAUGCCUACCAUGAGAAACUCACCCAGCUUCAGAUCCUUUGAAGAGAAAGUCGAAAAUACAGUUUCCACCAUUAAGACUAAAGUUGGAGGCACUGGGACCGGAGGCAGCUUCGAGGAAGUCCUCUCGUCUGCAGCCAACGCCAGCUCUCAGGAGACGCCCACCAACAACCUGACGGACGUCUCCGAGAAACCCUGUUAGGACUCCGGACCGCCGUCUUGCUGUAUCACAGCACAUUGUUGUGGAUCUACUAGAAUUUCUGACCAAAGCGGAAAGCGGUGUUUUGAUUUGCAGACAAAUCUUGUGUAAAUUCUGUGACUCCGACAAAACUCCUGGCAACGCCACAUUGUUUAGGCUUGGCUAAAAUACCUUUGUUUUUAAUGUCGAUAAUCAGGAAGGCUGAUUUUUAAAAGCAUUUGAAAUCUCAUAAGGCAAUCGGUGAACUUUUAAUAUUGAUCGUAGUCCAUUCUUCAGCUCUUGCUCUGAAAAGAUUAUUUGGCUAAAAUUGAUCACAGGUCAGUCUGACACUAUUAAACUAUUACACUAUUAAAACUGCUCCAUCUUCAGUCUGCUGCACUAUAAAUAAUUCUUCACGUUUUACUUCAACAAUUUUAUCCACAAAACCAGAGUGAAACUUUCAGUCACAGAUGUUACACUACCAAACCUCCAGAAGGUCAGUAAGAAGUAAAAUGUCUUGCAUGUUACAGUGUCCGAUUAACUUUGUUACACAUUAAUUAAACACCGAAAAAAUAUCUGUGUAUGUGUGUCAUGUGCAUAACAGUAUACGGCUACGAUUUCUCAAAAAACAGAUUUACUAAACAGUGACUGUAAAGCAUGUCGUAUUUCUUUUUUUGUUGUUCUUGGAAUCUGUGUGGGCUCUGUAACUUUGCCAUGAAAAUAACUUUAUUACUUCAUAGAUUUGAACUGUUUAAAUGUUUUCAGACAAUGAAGGAUUUCUUUCCCACACCAGAGUUCAACUUUUUUUUUUUUAUGGAACUCUCAUCCGGAUUCAGGUUCUAAGAGUCAUUUGUCGAGUCUGAGGUAAUGUUUUGUGUUAAUGGAAAAUACAAAGGGUACAAUUUGCAUUUAUGUAAUAAAUACAGCCAUAAAAGACUCCAUAAUCACAUGUCUACAUAAACGGUUAACAGUUGUCAACCCAAAGAAAAUGUAAAAAGAGCGACACUGAAUGUACAAGCCUGAUUUAACUCGGCAAAUAUGAAAUUAAUGCAAAAUUUACCGAAGUAUCCUGAAGCAUGUAAAAAAAAAAAAAAAAUUCACAAAUUCAUUUUGUAUGCUGUUCUGUUCCUCCCAGGCAUAUUCUGCAUGAAAACUCCAUAUUAUGGAAGAAACCGUUGGUGUUAUGACAUUUAUUUUUUUAUAGAUAACUUUUGUGACGUUGGAUUUACCUGUUAUGUAUCAUGUUUAAGUAUUUAAAGCUCAUCAAUAAACCUUUCAGUUGGAAA